AUGGGUAACGAAUCCGAAACGCAAACGCUUCUAAACGCGGCCGACUAUCUCCUCCAAAGCCGCAACUUCGCCGACUGCAUCAACUACGCCGCCCGCGCCCACGAUUCCGACCCCACCAAUCCCGCACCCGCCAGAAUCCUCUCCACCGCCUCCGUCCUCUCCGCCUCCAAAAUCUCCGCCACUCACCACGAUUACUACGCCGUCCUCAAUCUCCCCUAUUUCGACUCCGAUUCCUCUCGAAUUGACUCCACCUUCGAAACCCUAACUUCAAUUCUCGAUCCCAAUACCAACCGCUGCUCCUUCGCAUCCGAGGCCUUCGAUUUGGCGGUCAAAGCGUGGUCCGUCCUCUCCAAUCCCCUCGAGAAGGCCGGGUUCGAUGCCGAGUUGCAGGCGUUUUUCGAUCCCGCCGCCUCUACCUCCGCUACCUUUUGGACAAUCUGCCCUUAUUGCUAUUACGUCUACGAGUAUGAUAAGGUUUUCGAGGAUUGCUGCUUGAAGUGCCAGAAUCAGAGGUGUAGACGAGUGCUCCACGCCGUGCCGAUUGCGGGGCCUCCGCCGCCGCCGGACGUGGUAGCCAGGGGCCAGUACUGCUGCCCUGGAUUCAUGCCGUUCGCGCUUUGUUCCAACGAUGGAAAGCCAAUUCGUGACAAAUUGUGGUUUCCCUUCGCUCCUUCUCAUCACCUAGGUGAAAUGCCGGAUUUUAAUUCUGCUACAUUUGAAGAUUGCGCUGUUGUUUUAGAUGAUGACAGAUUUGAGGGAACAGGUUCUCAGGGUCAUGUUAAUGGAGAAAAGGCGAGAACGGAAGGAAAUUCAAGAAAGAGGAUGAAAUCCGCGCCCUGGAAAUCGAAGAAGUUGUUGGGUAGAGGGAUUAGUAUCGAGGGCGACGAGGCACAUUUUGUAUACGGAGUUAGAGACGAGAGUUGUUUUAAUGACGAACCCGAGCCUUGUUCGGGGGGACUGGAGUUCCUUAAUGGAGAUGAUGAUGUAUUCGUUAGUUUGCCGUGCGAAUUUGAUAUGGGAAAUGGGAGACCAGUGACCUUGUAAAAUGAUGUUCAUACAACUGACUGAAGCAGGAAGGCUGUGUAUAGACAUGGUGUGAUCCAGUUAAUAGGACGGACACAAGAUUGAAUAUAACAGAGAAAAAUAGAAGUCUACAUUCCUUUCAAUGAUCUGUGGUAAUAUGUGGUUGGAGUUAAGACUGUUAGAAGGAGCUAAUCUUUGGUUCCAUGUCUGAACUUUGUUGGUUCCAGAAAUCCAAUUGACUUGCAGAUUUUAGUUAAAUCAUGUUAUAUUUUCAAGUUUUAUGCUGACUCAUAUCCAUGCAUUUUGCUGGAUUGUUGUUACCUUUGAUCCAUAUUUAUUUGACUGCCUAUGUAACUAUUGGUCUAUGGAUUGUUGGGGUUGGCUUUA